AUGUUCUCCCGCUCCGCUCGUCUGCUCGCAUCCCACACAACAUCCACCCUGCCCCUCAAGCGGCCUCCGCCCAUGAACCUUCUCCCCCCGAUCCCACUAUACCGCCGCCUCCUCCGGCUGCACCGCAAGAAGCUCAACCCCGAAGAGCGCAUCUUCGGCGACAUAUACGUCAAAGCGGAGUUCCGACGGCACAAGGGCAUUGAGAACCCGCUGCACAUUGUCGGGUUUCUGCAGCAGUGGCAAACAUACGGCGAGAUGCUGGACCGCAAGAGCGCGCAUGGAGAGCAGGAGGGUGGUGACGGGACAGAUUGGAUGAAGGGGUCGGAGGAGUGGGCCAUGGAGGGCCUUUUGGAGAAGAUGAGUGAUCAGCAGAUUGGGCAGGUGUGGGAGUUGUACAAUGCUAUUCAGAAAAGGAAUAUUGCUGGUGCGGAGGAGGGCGAGACGGAGCACGAUGGUGAUGUGGUUCAUCUUGAUGGAAAGGAGAAGAAGAGGUGA